UAAGAAAUCAGUGGCAUAUAUUUUCCAGGACUUCAUGUGGAUGAGAGGGAUCCAUUCUCUUGUGUCGCACUCUCCUUCAGUGGCUUCUCUUCUUCUACCAUAACUUCAACUGCAUUUCCCUCUCUCCUUUUGUCUCAAAUUAAAACUAGUACAGAACUGAAGAUAAAAUAAUAAAAAGAAAUUUCUGUGAUGAUUAGAUAAAAUAAAAGAAAUACACACACAGUCUACUAACAAAAGAUUUUCAAUUUGUUUUUCCUCUUUUAGAUUUUAAUGGUGGAUAUGGCAGUAGUCGGAGGAAGAGCUGUAGCAGUUUCUAGCUUUCCAUCAUCUUCAUACUUUUGCAGGAAUGUCAAACCCUUAUCCUCCACAAUCUCAUUGCAAAUGGUUUGUAAAUCAAUAACUUUGCGUGGAUAUAUUGCUUGCUCAGCUGUGCAAGAAACUUCUACUUCCGCAGUUGCUGCUGAAACAAAGGAGGUGAAAACGGAGGAGAAAGAAGCUCCGGAAAAGCCAAAACCUGCAGCAAGAGCUGCAAAGGCUCCUGCAAAACCGCUGCCUCAGAUGAUGGAGGAAGACGUGAUCCCUUCACUCAAAGCAAUACUCGAAGCUCAAGAAGAUCUAUCCAACAUUGAACUAUCUUUCCAAGACAAUAAGUUGGAAGGUUCAUUUAUAAAGAAGGGCAAUAUCUAUUCCUUUUGGGCAUUCUUCCCCAAUGGAGUCCUCACAGGUCCAAAAGGGUUUUCAUUGUCGUCCUAUGGUUCAGAAGCAAGCACUGUGGAGCCAUUUCUGAUUGAUGAGAAGAAAAUCACAUCAAAGCAUGUUGUGUUCUGGAUUGAAAAGCGCUUGGCAGCUCAAGGAAUCAUUCCCGUGUGGCAAGAAUAAUCUCUUCACUUCAUAAAUUUGUAGAUUCAUUCAAAGUCAUGUAUAACAUUUUUGUUUGAAGAUUCAAUUACGACCUGCCGAUUAAUGUAAAAAUUGCUAAUAUUCAAUUAUUAAGCCUCACCAUAUGAUUGACUAAUGAGCUGAGCAUUCCAUUGG